AUGGCUUCUAUCGCUGGCAAAGUAUUUGCCCUGACAGGUGCGAGCUCGGGUCUCGGAUUAGCGACAUGCUGCCGGCUUGCCAGGCUCAAAGCCAGAGCCGUCUCCGUUGGCGACGUCAACCCCAGCUUCUUUGACAGCGCGAGGAAGAAGCUACAGGCCAUCAACCCCGAGAUGCAGGUAUCUAUGACAAAAGUCGACGUUACUUCGAGCCUGGAUGUCAACGCCUGGAUCAAGGACACGGUCCACACAUUUGACGGGCUCGACGGAGCCGUGAAUUGCGCGGGAGUCAUCAACAUGUCGGCAAACCAACAGACGCCACUGUUCUUGAACGAAACGGACGAAACAUGGAAUCGCGUGGUGAACGUGAACCUCACGGGGAUCUUGUACAGCAUGAGGGCGCAAGUGACGGCGAUGAUGGCGUUGCCCAAGUCGCCACGCAGCAUCGUCAACAUUGCCAGUGCGGCCAGUCUGUUCCACGAUCCGACCAUUUUGUCAUAUUGUGUGACGAAGCACGCCGUGGCAUGCUUGACGACGACCGUGUCGAAGGAAUUGGGGCCGUUGGGGAUUAGGUUAAAUGCCGUCUCUCCCAGCGCCACGAAGACGGGAAUGGCAUUAUCCUGGUACAAGGACGAAGAAGAAGCCGAGGCAGAUAUGGCGAGGCGUGGAGUGAUAUUGCUUGACCCGGAGAGAGUCGCCGAGACGAUAACGUGGCUGCUGAGCGAGGAUUCGGCAGCAAUCAACGGCAUCAAUAUUCCUGUCGGAGCGAGUGCCUCAUACGACUCAGGAUACUGGACACCGACAACCACAUCAUAUUGGUCGUACUGGACACCUUCGACGACCUAUGUAACGUGCUACACGCAAGAAAACGUCAUCGUCACUGUCACGUCGGUGCUGCCCUGCCCUGUCACCUCGACGAUCGUGUACUGGGAAUGCUGCGACCAAUGCGAAAACAACUGCUACAAUCCCCCGACGUCAUAUCAGCCGACCCCAUGGGUUGGUACCACGACGGUCACUUCGUACACAACCACCACUCCGGCGGCUCAGGCGGUGCAGACAAUUACCAGUAACGGAUUGGUGAUUGUGAUGGUGGACUCAACUGCGGUAUCUCAAACGGCGACACCCAGUGUCGUCUACGAAGUUAGCAGUGAAGCAGGGCCGCUGCAAGAAGGCGUUCUAUCGAUAUUUUUGCCGAUGGGAAUAUUUUUGGCAGCCAUUGCGACGAUCAUGAUAAUGUUAUAA